AUGGACAACAAGAUGUUGAUGGCGCUCACUGAAGGAGGAUUGCAGCACCUGGCUGCCGGAGCCCGUGCCAAUGUCGGAGUGAAAGCUGGCAGAUACGCGUACGAGCUGAAAAUCAUGGAGGCCUUGAACCCUGCGGAGGCGGCCCAGGGUCGCGGUCCCCAGCCGAAGCAGCUGGUUCGCGUCGGAUUCUCCACGGCGGCUUCACCGCUGCUUUUGGCGGACAACGAGGAAGCUGCGUUCUUCGAUUCUGAGGGCUGGUUCACUGCAGGAAAGCUGCGGCAGAAGAAGUCGCAGCUUUUCACCCGGGAUCAGACUGUGGCAGUGGUGCUCAACCUCGAUGCAAGCAGCGAGCUGGCAAACACCAUGAGCAUCUUCCGGGACGGAGUACGUAUCUCGGAGCCGCAGCCAAUUCCGGAGUCCAUGCGUAACAAGACUCUCUUUCCGCACAUCAGUUAUCGAAAUGUUUCUCUUCAGAUCAACAUGGGACCGGAUCUGCUCAAGCCGCUUCCGUUCGAGUGCCGUAUGCUCCAGAGUGCUGCAGCCGCUGACGUGGCAGAGGCAAAGGACCCGGGGAAGAGCGGCCGCUGUGAGGUUCUGGUGCCCGUGGGGGUUCCGGAUGAGGGCACUUUCGAGUGGCUCGAUGACUACUUGACAAAGCACCCGAGCUUUGUGGAGCUCAGCGACAGAAAAAUUCAAGACUGGGCGGCCAGCAGUGGGCUUCCGCGACCGCGCAUUAUGGGCGGAGCCUGCAACGAUAAGCCAAGCUUUGCCUACAACUUGCCGACCAUGGAAGAUGGCAGCAUCCAGCGUGUGAUCAAGGCGAUGACACCAAUGGUCCCGCGGAACUACCUGAUCAUGGAGGUCAAGUCCAACCUGGUCAAGGAGGAGCGCAUGGAGAUCCUUCAGCGCUACAGCAGCCCCCAUUUCAAGAAGACGGCCCUUGUGGUCAUGGGAGAGCCCAGCGAGGAGUUCAAGCAGAAGACGUGGAACCGAAUUCUGGCGGAGAAGCAGUCAAAGGUGGAUGCAGAGUGGAAAGCGAAGAAAGCAGCCAGUCAGAGAGCGCGUGAGCUCCAGGAGCUGCGGAAAAAGGCCGAAGAACAGAGGAGGAAGAAGCUGGAAGAAGCCCGGAAGAAGGAGGAAGAGGCUAAGAAGGCAGAGGGCGGUGAAGAUGCGGCUAUGGAAGCCAAGGACGAGGACCAAGGGAUCUUCGGUAGGUCACGCUUUUGGCAGAUGAGGGACGAAGGCCGGAAGGGGCUCUUCGUCCAUGUCUCGAACCUCGCUGGCGAAGAACUCUGCUCAGUGGGAGUACCGGGGAACACGAAGAACUGUGACCUCAAGGGGGCCAUCAGCCGCCAGUUAGGGCUUUAUCCGUACUCCUUCAAGCUGAUCACCUUGGUAUCUGGGGCCACGGUGGAAGGAUGCGAUCUCGUCUCGUCGAUAUCGCAGAAUGGUCGAUUGGACGUGACGCUGGUGAAAAUCGAUGGUAUUCCGACGCCGGAUUCCCACGGCUACUUGCAACUACAACCCGACUGGAGCAAGUGUGCAGCACCUUCGAGCGAUCAAACCCGAUGUGCGACGCGGGUGCUCGCCUUGCUGGUUGCUUUGGUCGCCGUACUCUUCGUCCUCGAUGGGUCCUACUGCGGUCUACUUCUGGUUUAUGCAGUCUACCUCCUCGAGGCCCUGUUUCUGAACCCCACAGCACGGGGGCUUCUCCGUCUGAAGCACACAGACCGCAUCAUGGACUACAUAGAGGAGGUGAAGGCCUGUCGUCCUAUCCCAGAAGUGCAGGCACGCUGCUACCACCAUGAGAGGCGGACACGAGUGGCAACAAAGCCAAACGGCGGCAUCAGCACUGUAGUCUACACCAAACGAGUGGACACCGCCACAUUCACCGAGCGUCUGCAAGUGCAGCGCUGGGCCGACUUGUCCGGUGAGGUCGUCGAGGGCUUGAGCUAUUUUCCGCUUCUUCAAGUCCAUUUCAAGCUGAAAUGGCAGGCGGCGGAUGACGAGACACGCAGAACUCACGAGCAGCAGCAGCAUCGGCUGCGGGCCAGGGCAGCAAAUGCAGAUACGUCUUAUGACAUCACCGACAGCGUGAGACUGGUCGACCCGGCUGGGCGUUCGUUCAGGCUCUACUCGGACAUGAUUGGUACGACCGGAGAUUCGCUUCCGUUGUGGUUGGGCUUCUGGCCUUACGUUGUGUCGAGCAUCCUGGGUCUCAGCUGGCCGUACCGCUACUGGCUCGCCAAGCACGCUGUGAAAGGCGAUUUCACCUUCUUCAAACGUGUCUGGUCUGCAUGA